CAGCUCCAUCUACGGUUCCUAUCGAUGCUAUAGUUACUGACCACACCCCUUGUCACCACCAUGGUACAGCUACAGAGCUUGAGAAGGCAAUGCCUCUCCCUACAAUCUCAAUCCUUCGUAAAGACUAUUCGGUCUCUCUCGACCUCUCCUUCGCCGCAGAAUGCCCCCUCGUCGACAGCGAAGUCCCUUUCGGCAACAGGCCCCACCACGAAGAAGCCUCACGGCAUUGAUCCCCGAUGGCUGACCAUGACCAAACGUAGACUCGGUCGCUGCAUGAUGUUCGGUCUUAGGCCGUCACAAAUUCAAGAAUCCGGCGAAUUACUGCAACAGAUCGCGCGGGAUUGGCGGGAGCUCGUCGCGGGUAGCGAGGGCUAUCUGACCGAUGCAUCAAGAAGAGGCUUGUUCAAGCAGGCUGUCGCAUGGGGUGAAAUGGAUAGCAUGGGGCAUGUCAACAAUGUCACCUACGCUCGGUACGCAGAAACCGCCCGUGUGUAUUUCACCCGCAACUUCGCGAUGCACAUCGAUCCGGCCCAUAAGAAGGAGUGGAUGAACCUUGUCAGCUCCCGAGGGAUCGGAUUGAUCAUGCGAAGCAUCAAGAUCGAUUACAAAUUCCCGAUGACCUACCCCGACCAAGUUACGGUAUAUCACAAACUGGUUCACGACCCUGCGGCGCCCGACGCAUCACCGUAUGCAUUCCAGCUCCAGGCAAUCAUUCUCUCGGAGGCGCGCUCCCGACCCGCCGCGCGCGUCCACGAGGAUCUGGUCACAUAUGACUACAAGCAGGCCAAGAAGACCGCGCUUCCACCUUUCUUGUUUGAGCAGCUCAAGAAGACCUGGGAGCUUCAAGAGCAGGCAAAGGAGUAUUGGCGGCAGCGCAUCCUGGACAUCGAAGCGCGGGUUCGGGCGCUGGAGGUUGAGAGCUGGGAUCGGGAGGAUGCCGUUGAGGAUACCGGAUCUGCCAGGAAGUGAGGACCUCCCCUCCACCAACUUGUGGCUUUGCGGGCCAGACCCUGUGGUUGAUUGAGUGGAACCGAGACAUGGAGGCUUUGGCUAUCCGGUGAUAGAAGGCGUUGGCAGUGAUUGCCAGUUUAGAUGUUAGCCAGAUGCAAGCAAGUGAGCACGAGUUUGUAUAG